CAUAAAUCCGCUCAAAACUCCUUUCCAAUCCCCUUCCAGCCCUGUCCGUACUAAACGGCCCACGCUUGUGGAUCUCUCCGGGCCGAUGGGCAAGAGCUAGUCCUCGUACAGCCCUCGCGCGCCCCUUCUCGGACAGUGCACAUCGGCCCGUGAGCCUCAUCUAGCUUUGAAGUCUUCCAGAAGACCACUUUUGUUAAUUUUAGAACACGACCGUCAUCUUCUGGUCUUCGCGCUCGAAUGUCAAUGGACAGGACCGUUGAAACGUCUUUGUGGGUACCCUUGUAGAUACGAUGUUCAUGCCGUAUAACUGGGUAGCGCGAGCGCAGGUACUAAUAUAUACCUCGCCAACGUGCCGCCUAGUAUUUCUCCCUUCAAUUCAAGAGCAUCUCAUUUCUUGACACCCGCGACUCCGUCUUACCAGAACACCAUCUUUCACCAUGGUGGGCCAAAUGAAGAAGCUCCUGGCCGUCGCCACCACCGUCUCGGCAUCCGUUCUUGAAUUGCCCGUCGUCAUCGACAACAGCUAUUCCAGCGUCAAAUUCGAAAUUGGAACACCUCCGAAGGAACACCGAUUGUUGUUCGACACCGGGUCUUCAACGCUGUUCGUCGUCAACACUGACUGCACCGAGGAAUCUUGCCCAGACGGCAAGGUCACAUCCUACGUUCGAGAGAAAUACAAUGCGUCUGCCUCGUCAACAUCCGUGGACCUCAACAUCCCCGCGUCGAUUCCGUACCUAGGCGGCGACGUUGCCGGCGAUACUAUCCAGGACGUUUUCAGCACUCUAGAUGGUAGCGUAGAAUGGAACCAGACCUUCCUAUCCGCCAACCAGAGCAGCUGGCGUUUCAUUACUGCUGAUGGUUUCCUGGGCCUGGGUUUCUCCUCCAUCGCGGAAAAGAACACGUCGACGCUGGUCGAGACAUUGUUGUGGGACGGACAACUGGACGCACCACGUUUCAGUCUAUUCUAUGGCACGAACUUUGAGGACGCAGGGAACGGUGUACAAGACGGCGUGCUGACUGUCGGCGGCAGCCAUGAGGACAAGUACGUGGAUGGCGAGAUGGUCUACACGCCCUUGAGGAAAGAGGAUCCAUACCAGCUCUGGAGAGCGCCACUAAGGAGCGUCAACGUACUCGUUGCGGAGAACCCAUCGGAACCAAACGCAACUAUUGAAAUACGGAACGGCCACCUUCCCACCACUGCCGUGUCGAGCGGUGGUUAUCCAGACGCCAAUGUAACAUGGCCAAUGUACCAAGGUGGAGCGGUUUUCGAUACUGGAUCUGGACGUGUCUCCUUUCCGAGCGACAUCAUUGAUGCCAUGUACUUCAACCUCGGCUGGAAUUACACCAAGCUCACCAACCACGGCGAAGAGAUCAUGGAGUGUAAGCACCUGAACGCUUCGUGGGCCAUCACUAUGACACUUGGAGAGGGCGCCCCAGAGGACGACGUCUCGUUCACUCUUCGAGGCGACGAGUUCCUCUUGCCGGGCCACCAAUGCAUGCCGCCAUUUGACAGUAGUGAGAACCAAGGUUUCGCGUUGGUCGGCGCGCCGUUCCUGCGAAGACAUUACUCCGUCUUCGACUUUGGUGCUGACAAGGUCGAUGAGUACCAACCGACCAUUGGUUUCGGAAGAUUGAAGAAGGAGUACGAUUUCAUGUACCUGUGAUUAUGGGUCAUGCAACUUUGUUCUGUUCUUUGUAAAUAUACGUUCGUAAACA